AUGGCGCCCCCUUCAUUUGCGGCGGCCGCUUUGCUCGCCCUUUCUCUUGUUGCCCCUGGAAGUGCUGAGUCGGCUAUUACCCAAGUUUCCGUCGAGUCUACCUCCAAUGCCCCUGUUUUUGACAGCGAGACACUUCAAGUGACCGAUGCGUCUUUGUCGACUCUCAACAAGAAUCAGUCGGCUUACUUUGCCUUUGCCAAGAACGAUAGUUCUCUGCAAACUCGCACAUUUAGCAAUGGCUGCAAGGUCUUCCCCGGAGACUGGCUCUGGCCCUCGAACUGGGUCUGGUCAUUGUUCGAUGACUUUCUGGACGGUGCACUGAUCAAGACGGUGCCAUUGGCUGCUUCAUGCUACAAGUCAUGGCCCCAAUACAAUGCCGAAACGUGCGAGACUCUCACUUCGGACUGGACUAACUCCAAUAUCCACGCCGCGGACCCUGCCUCUGUGAUGUGGCCUUUAUUCGAGGGACGCAGCUGUCUGCCUACUACUGAUUCAUCUGCCUCUUGCACUGUUGGUGGAUACAGCAGCUACGCUGUUAAUGUCAGCAGCGUUGGUCAAAUUCAACUGGCUGUCAACUUCGCUCGCAAUGCUGGCCUGAGACUCGUUGUUAAGAACACUGGUCACGAUUUCAAUGGAAAGUCGACUGGAGCCGGUGCCCUGGGUAUCUGGACCCACAAUCUUAAGGAUAUCGAUUAUAUCCCGCACUACCGUAGCUCGGGCUACAACGGUCCCGCUGUAAAGAUGGGUGCCGGUGUUCAGGCUCACGAGAUUUAUGAAAAGGCCAAUGAGCUUGGUUUCACUGCUGUUGGCGGAGAGGGCAAGACUGUCGGUGUUGCCGGAGGUUACGUCCUUGGAGGUGGCCACAGCCCCUUGUCUUCCAUCUAUGGUCUUGCUGCUGAUCAAGUCCUUUCUCUCGAUGUCGUUCUGGCCAACGGUCGUUUCGUUACCGUGACCGAGGAGAACAACCCCGAUCUUUUCUGGGCUAUCCGCGGUGGUGGCGGUGGUACUUUUGGUGUUGUCACCUCUGUUACCAGCCGAGUCCAGCCUAAGGUUGGCGUGACCGUCUCGACCUUCAGCUUCUCUACCGGCACUGAUGUUUCCGCCGAUACCUUCUGGGCCGGUGUGCGCUCGUACAUGGAGCGCUUCCCCCAGAACGCUGACGCUGGCACAUACGCUUACUUCUGGAUUCUUUCCACUGGUACCGAUGCAUUCACUUUCCUCAUGAACCCCUUCUUCGCCGUCAACCACACCCUCGCUCAGUACAACGCCCUGGUGAAGCCAUGGUACAACGACCUCGAGGAUCUUGGUAUCUCAAUCACCCCCAACUCCACCUACUACGACAACUUCUACGAUGCCUGGAUGGCCGGUUUCCCCCUCGAGACCGUCGCCUCCUCUGUCAUGAUGACCGGCUCGCGUCUCUUCCCCCGCUCCAACUGGGAAGACACAACUUCCUUCAACGCCACCUUCGCCGCUCUCAAGGAGACCGUCGUCGCCGGCCACCCUCUCCUCGCGUUCAACAUGAAGGCCGAGCUGGUCAACGGAUACCCCUCCAACGCCGCCAACCCUGCAUUCCGCAACACCCUUCUGCACGCCAUCACCUCUACUAGCUGGACCGACACGGCCAACAACACCGAGAUCAAGACCAACAUGGAAAAUUUCACCAACAACGUCCUCGGAAAGUGGCGCGCUGUCUCCCCCGACGCCGGUGCGUACAUGUCUGAGUCCGAUAUCCUCGAGCCCAACUUCCAACAGGCUUUCUACGGCACCAACUAUGCCCGUCUUUAUAAGUUGAAGCAGCGCUACGAUCCUACCGGUCUUUUCUAUGCUCCUACUGGUGUCGGUAGCGAGAACUGGGUUGUUAAGAGCGAGGAUGGCCUGCCUGAUCAGAAUGGUCGUCUUUGCCGCGCUUAG